AUGUCAGAAGAGAUUGUGUUGGAUGUGCGCGAUUCGCAGUUCUUGCUGUUCGACCAUCAGAAGGUCCAGCAACUGUUCGAACUGCCUCGGUUCUCCGAUUUCGAAGUCAGCGACAUUGAGAUGAUGCUGACCGAGGCGCGCCGCUUUGCACAAAACGUGCUGGCCCCCACCAAUCGCCCUGGUGACACCGAAGGCUGCACCUGGAAAGACGGAAACGUGACCGUGCCCUCGGUGUUUCACAAGGUUUACCGUCAGAUGUACGAAGACGGUUGGAUGAAGAUGGCCACCCCCACGCAAUACGGCGGUCUGGGGUUGCCGCUUCCCGUUGGUGCGGUGUUGGGCGAACUGUUCGUCGGUGCCAACUGCUCGCUGGUGAUGCUCGCUGGGCUCACGCGUGCCGCCUCGGCAUUGCUCAUCGAAUACGGCUCCGACGAGAUGAAGGAGCGCUAUCUGUCGCAACUGGUCGAAGGCACCUGGCAGGGCACGAUGUGCCUUACCGAGCCGCACGCCGGAUCGGCCGUGGGGGCCUUGAACACUUCGGCGGUGAAACGCGACGGCAAGUAUUUCAUUCGCGGCCAAAAGAUCUUCAUCUCCGGCGGCGAGCACGACAUGACCGAGAAUGUCAUCCACCUUGUGCUGGCUCGUUGCGAGAACGCUCCUCUAGGAAUCAAGGGCGUGAGCCUGUUCCUGGUGCCCAAGCUUCGCUACGACGACUCGGGCAAGGCCACCGUGCCGAAUGAUGUGACGUGUGUGAGCAUUGAAGAAAAGAUGGGUCUGCAUGGUUCGCCCACGUGUGCCAUGAGCUUUGGCGACAACGAUCAAUGCGAAGGCUACCUCAUCGGCGAAGAGCAUCGCGGUAUCGAGUACAUGUUCCACAUGAUGAACUCGGCCCGAAUUGGGGUCGGCCUGCAAGGUGUGGGCAUGGCGUCGGUCGCCUAUCAGGCCGCACUGCAAUACGCCCGGGGUCGCGUCCAGGGCGUGGACAUGAAGAAUUUCCGCGAUCCCACCGCCCCGCAGGUGCUGAUCACCGAGCACCCCGAUGUGCGGCGGAUGCUGCUUACGAUGAAGGCCUACGUCGAAGGUUGCCGCGCGAUGCUGGUUCACGCUGCGUUGUGUGUCGACCUGGCCGAGCACAGCCCCGACGAAGCCGUUCGCGAGAAGAUGCUCGGUCGGGCUGAGCUGCUUACGCCCGUCUGCAAGGCGUACUGCAGCGACAUUGGCUACGAAGUUUCGACCACGGCCCUACAGGUUUUGGGGGGGCACGGCUACUUGAAGGACUAUCCCAUCGAGCAACUGGUUCGCGACAGCAAGAUCGGCUCGAUUUACGAAGGCACCAACGGCAUUCAGGCCAUCGACCUCAUCGGCCGCAAGAUCGGUCGCAAGGGUGGGGCGUCGUUCAUGGAACUGAUGAUGGACUUGACCGAAGUGCUCGACAAGCAUGCCGAGCAUCCACGGUUGGCUGCUUCGUUCAAGCGUAUGACCCAUCACAAGGACCAACUUGCCGAAAUCACAAUGAGCUUCGCCGGCAUGCAGAUGUCGGGUGAUCUCGAUUACCCGUUGCUUUCGGCCACGCCCUACUUGCGGAUGCUGGGCAACGUCAUUAUCGGCUGGCAACUGCUCGAACAGGCUGUGUUGGCCGACGAGGCGCUGGCCAAGGUUUACGAAACCGCCGGGGCAAGCGACGACGAGGCGAAGGCUGCUCUGCACCAAGACAACGAUGAUGCGCGGUUCUACUUCAAUAAGAUCAAGACCGCCGAGUUUUUCGUUAGUAACUUGCUCACGCAGAACGAUCACCUGGGCGCGGCCAUCAGCAGUAACGUAUCGUUUCGCCGAUUAACGAAGUACCUUCGAAACUACAUCGAGCCGUACCAUCCUUACUUGCGAAAGCUCUAUCGCGAGAAGGGGAUCGAUGUCAGCCAGAUCAAGUCGCUGGAAGACAUUCGCCGGUUGCCGAUUAUCGACAAAGACGAUCUGAGGAGUGACCCUCGGGCAUUCAUCCUGCAGCCCAAGUUCCCUGGGGUCGAUCCGCCCCCUGGGAUCGAUACGGCCCCCAUCGCGCGUAGUAAGUUGUUGAAGUAUGCCGCCCAAGCGGCCUUCAAUAUUCCUCGCGACUACACGAACCUGGUCCGGCAGCCGACGUUCAAAGAGAAGAUCCGUCGUCGGGCUUUAAUGGAGUGGUGGCCCGUCCACUUCCAUGCCUCGACGGGGUCGACCGGCGAGCCAACUCCCGCGGUCUACACGCACUACGACUUGAGCCACAACAUCAAGGAGCUGGCCUCGACGUUGGUGUUGCCGAAAGUUCGCGAUCCGGAGGAGCCCUACUACGAUCUGGGCGAUCGGUCGAUGAACAUCUUCCCCGGCGCCCCGCACCUGGCGUUCUUCGCCCCCGUGCUGGCGAAAUCGGCCAUCGGCGUCUCCACGUUCGACACCUUCGGCGGCUCGGUGAUUCCGACCGAUCGGCAAAUCACGUUGUUCGAGAAGGGCGAGUUCUGUUCGAUCACCUCCAUCCCUUCCUACAUGGUGCAUUGGCUGCGGCGGGCGAAGGCACUACAGCAGGAGGACGUGAUCGGGCCACUCAAGCAUUUCCGGCACGUGCUGCUGGGGGCCGAACCACUUAGCGAAACGCUCCGCGAACAUAUUCGCUCGAUGGCAGUUGAAUUGGGGGCGCAUCCCAAAUUCCGCGUGCUAUCCACGCUCGGCAUGACCGAGAUGAAGUGGGCCUUUUUGGAAUGCAGCGAGGGCUCGGGCAUUCAUCUCAACCCGUUGCAUCACUACUGGGAGUUGCUGCAUCCUGAGACUCGCGAACCUGUGGCCGAAGGAGAGCCGGGCGUCUUAGUGUUCAGCCACAUCGGCUGGCGCGGUACGGCGAUCAUCCGUUAUUGGACGGGCGACCUGGUGAAGGGCGGCUAUCGCUGGACCCGCUGUGAGCAUUGUGGUUGGACUUUCCCACGCAUCUUCCCGCCGAUCUGCCGUGCGGUGAAGGACUUCACCAAGCUCAAAGGGGCCCGGGUCGAUUUAUCGCUGCUGGUAGAAACGGUGCGAGACACCCCAGGCGUACGCACAUUUCAGAUUACGCUCGACAACGAAGAUCACACGGCCGAGUUCUCACGCGACAUGCUGCGUAUUGAGGUCAGUGCCGAGCCGGGGCAAGACCAACAUCAAAUCGACGAGCAGCUCCAUCGCCGCAUUAAAGCCAUGACCGAAGUCACGCCCGACGUCGUGAACUUCGUCGCAGACGAGAGCGAACUCGAACGCCGGCUGUUCGAACGCACCGGCGUGAAGGCCGAGUACAUCGUCGAGCGGCGGAAAGAGCAUAUCUAA